AUGCAGCGAAGGAGGAGUUCCAAGACCCCAAAGCAGCCUCUGCCCGUUCCCAAUAAAAGCCAAACUGAUCUCUCUGCCUGGCGAAAGGGAGGGAAAAUUGACUCUGAAAAAAGUUUGCAGAAUAAUCAAUCUGCUGAUGAUGAGAAAUGUGAGAGCCAGGAAGGGUCUCUAGAGCAAGCUUUGAGCUACUUUCAGAAAGCUCAAGACUCUGUUGCACUGAAGAAGACGUGUGUUGUGCAGGAACACUUGGAUGCUGUGGAAAGCACUGCCCUGGAAAAAGGGCUGCCCCCUGAAGGGUUUGAGAUACUGCUGAAGGUGGUGCUCAGUGGCAGAUUUGCUGAUACAGUGAAUACUCGUUUGUUGAAGAGCCUGAUUCCUGCCUCAGUGAUACCAGAAGAUUCUGUGGUUACAGCUGUGUCUUGGCUCUGUGUUGGCAAAUGCUCAGGCAACAUCCAGCUGCUUUUUUUGAAGUGGCUGAUCACAAUGUUUGACUUCAUUGAUCACAAGGAACAGCUUAAUGCCCUCUAUGGUUUCUUCUUCUCCUUCCUGCAAGAUGAGAAGUUGUGCCCCUAUGUCUGCCACGUGCUCUACCUGCUGACCAGGAGGGAAAAUGUCAGGCCUUUUCGGAUUAGGAUCCUGCUUGACCUCCAAGCAAAAAUGGGAAUGCAGUCUCAUCUGCAAGCUCUGCUGUCACUUUACAAACUUUUCUGCCCAGAACAAGUGACCAUAACCCUUCCUGGGAAAAUGAAGACUUACUUCAAGAACUCAGAGGGCCCAUGGAAAGCAGCAAUUGCUGCAGUAAGGCAGAGAAACCAAGGAACCUCUCCCCUGUCCCAGGCAGUGUUUUUGGGCACAUCUCAACCUCAGUCACGAAAGAGGAAAUGGAAUGCCCAGUUGGUUAUACCUGCAAGCAGUGCAAGCACAAAACAUUUAGAUGAGGACAGAGAAAAGAGCUGUCUUUAUUUGUGCAGUCCAAAUGAGUCUUUUCCAGUGGAGCAGCUGCAGACCUUCCCUCAGCUCCUACAGAAUAUCCACUGUCUAGAGUUUCCUUCCCAGAUGGGUUCUGUGCUAACAAACCCCUUAUUGCUUCACUACAUGAAUUGUGUGAAAGAUGAAUCUAUUUACCUGAGGCUCUACUAUUGGAUGGGCCAGAGGCUCCAGGAAGAGUGCACCUGGUGUGUGGUUGAUAACCCAUAUGAAGAAGAAUUCAGGAGCUUCCUGGAAACUGCCUACAAGGCAGAAUGUUUCUUGCAGGAGGGAUUUUCUGCCUGUGAAGAGUUCCUGUAUAAGACCCUUCCCCUCUGGGAUGGCGUCUGCUGCCGCUCAGAAGUCCUGGGGCUUGUGAGCUGGAUCCCCCUCAGCAGUUUCUCUGACAUUAAGCCAUAUCUCUUUGAUCCCCUGGCACAGCUCUUUUUCACAUCAUCUAUUUACUUUAAGUGCAGUGUUCUUGAGAGCCUGAAGGAGCUGCUGCAGAACUGGUUAAUUCACAGUGUGAUUCAAAUGGAUUUGGAGAUUUCUUCUGUGAACACCACCCUGUCUGGACUGGUGAACAUGGUGGCUGAGCUGGUUCACUUUGUGGGAUGGAUCUCUACUGUUGCACUGCGUUUGGAAAACAAUUCCACCUUCUUGCUCUACUUCAUUCUGGAUUUCUAUGGCACUGUGUGUGACAUGUACCUGAAGUACAACCUGCCUUUGCUGAUAAUGCCUCCUGCUGGGGUUUUCUACCCAGCACUGCUCAGCAUGGAUUCUGUCAACUUGAAUCAGCUCUGCUACAUUAUGUACAGGUAUCGAGCCAACUUAGUGGCUGCAAAAGAAAAUGAGCUGAGUAAAAAGAAAAUCCUGCAGUUCAAGUUCAGUAACCAGACAUACCAAGAGUACAACCAGUACAUAAUAGCUAUGGUGGGCUGUCUGUGGACAUCCAGUGCAUUCCAGAAGGAUAUUCAUCCUCAAGGUCUUCGUAUGGAUGAUAAACUGCUGAGUAAAACUGCAGUGAAGGACGUAAAAACCAGCUUUAACAUUGUCUAUCAUCCAGCCAUGAUGGGCUACUCUAUUAAAUUCCUGCAGCAGAUUUGUCCUGAAGAUACCACCUUCAACUUCAAAUUAAUUAAGGGGAAGAAGUGGGACUGGUAUCUGGAAUAUCUCUACGCCCAGGGGCUGAAGGGGCUGAAGGUGUUCAUUGAGAGCAGCAUCAGUCGGGUUUCCCAGGCCCGCAGCAAAGCAGGGAAUGUGGAUGUGUGA